GCCGAGGUAUCGUAGAGGCUGGACGGAUACUAAACAUGGCGCUCAGAGAACUUGGGAUAGUUCUGUUCGUUUUUGGGUCGCUCUCCGCGGCUCCUUGGGAUGGGCGUCCUGGCAAGCCCACUUCCUCCCUCGACCACUUCCUCUUGCACGCCCUCAUACCUGAACACAACCAGAUCAGGGACCUGACCUGCCUGGAAUGCCGAACUGCCGCGGGAGUCAUCGCGGCCAUGAUGGCUGAGGGCGCCACCGUGGAGGAGAUCGAGGAUCAGGUCAUCCUCGACUGCGUCCUCCUCGACCUCUUCCCGCCGGACGUGUGUUCGGGAAUGGUCAGGCUGAGUGGAGCAGAGGUCUUACACGUGCUGAACACCACCAAGUACGACCACGAGACGGUGUGCGGAUGGCUGCUGGGCGGCCACUGCCAGCACACGCAGCUGGACCCCUGGACCCUGGCCGUCCCUGGAGGCAAGCCCGAGCCCUUCCACCCAGAGCCCGUGCAGCCCACAGAAGGCGUAGUGCGGAUCCUACAACUCUCUGACCUCCACGUUGACUUGCUGUACGACGAGGGCAGCGCAGCGCACUGCGAGCACCCGUACUGCUGCCGCCACGCCUUCGGCGAUCCUGCGCCGGGAGAGCUCGCGGCUGGGCACUGGGGCACGUUGGCCAAUUGCGAUCUUCCUCUGCACACACUGGAUGACCUCCUGGAGCAUGCGGCCCGCACCAACCCUGACCUUGUUUACGUGACAGGCGAUCUCCCCCCCCACGACGUGUGGGCACAGAGCCACGCCACCAACCUGCUCGCCAUCAACACGACCGUGCAGCUCAUCGCCAGGCACUUCCCCGAUGUGCCCGUCUUGUAUGCCCUGGGGAACCACGCCUCGGCGCCUGUCAAUAGCUUCGUAGUGCCCGCUGCUUAUGCUGAUGGUUGGAGCAUGGCUUGGUUGUACGACAGUUUGGCCACAAUGUGGGCACCGUGGCUCCCCGAGGAGGCGCUGCCGGAUGUGCGGAAGGGUGGAUAUUUUUCUUAUUCUCCGAAACCAGGCUUAAGGGUCAUAUCCGCCAACAUGAACUACUGCAAUACUCUUAAUUGGUGGCUCCUACUGGAGAACGAGGACCCGGCCGAGCACCUGCAGUGGCUCAUCGAGCAGCUGGCGGCGGCGGAGGCUGAGGGCGAGGCGGUCCACCUGCUGGGACACAUCCCGCCGGGUUCGGGCGACUGCGACCGCACCUGGUCGCACGUCCUGAACGCCAUCAUCGCCAGAUACGAGUCCGCCAUCCGGGGCAUGUUCUUCGGCCACACUCACGGGGACUCCUGGCAGAUCAUCUACGACCCCGAGGACUACGUGCGGCCUGUAGCAGCGGCCUUCAUCUCCCCCUCAGCGACGACAGGAAGCCAUCGCAACCCGUCUUUCCGCGUGUACACAGUGGACGGCGGCUACAGCGACGCGACCUGGACGGUGAUGGACGCCCACACGUACAACAUGAACAUGACGACGGCCAACCUCGAGGGCGGUGUUCCAGAUUACACGCUGAGGUAUGAAGCACAGGACAGCUACGGAGUGAGGUCCCUCACUCCAGCCAGCCUCGACGCCCUCGUCACCGCCAUGGCCUCCGACGACGCUCUCUUCCGCGCCUUCUACAGGAACGUGAACAAUUACUGGGACGAGCCAACAGAGAUGUGGACCUGCGACACGGAGUGCCGCAAGAGCAAGCUGUGCGGCCUCGUGCGGGGCGACUCCUCCAACGAUGAGCCCUGCCAGAGGAUCCAGGACAUUGUCGACGGGGCGGCGAAGUCGGAGGGCCGGAGGGGGGAGGGAGUUACUGCGGCGAAAACUUUUUACGAGAACUUUUAAUAAGGUUAAAUGGAUAUCUACCGUGAAGACUAAAUUGAGUUGCAUGUGCUAUUUGUGUCAUUCUCAUUAAUAAAUGCAAUAUACUUGU